AUGACUGCUAUGACCAGAGAAAUUGCUGCAAUAGACCUUGCUAUCAGCAAUAACGAUCUCAAUCUCAUCUAUAAUGUAGAAAUAGCUGACCAAGAAGUUUACAGAAGAGCUGUUAUGAACCACACUCAAUUACAAUAUGAAGACAAGAUAAAUAUACUUAGCUUUUAUGAUCUAAAAUUAAAAGAAUCUACAACAUGAACAGCUACUAAGAUUAAAGCUUCCAAAGAUAUUAGAUUAAUUGGAAUUAUUGCUAUUGGACUAUUAUUUUCUUCUGUUGCUCAUUACAUCGGAGAUGAUGAUACAGCUAUAAUUAUUAUUUUCUUCAUAAUCUACUCCAUCUCUGUUCUAAUUGCUCACAUGAGAAUCUUUGGUUAA